AUGAAGUCUGUUUCGAUCCUCGCCACUGUGGCCUUGGCUUCCUUGUCAAGCGCACAUCCAGGACCUGCCAUGCCAAAGUUGAUGGGCGGCAGGGAAUUCCUCCAAACCGUUAAGGGUCGCUAUGCCAUGCCAGCCCCAAUCACAUCCCCCGUACAUGUAGAAGAAAGAUCGCCUGAGGUAGUACCCAGAGCGGACGAUCCAAAUACUUGUGGUCCAGGUGUUGGUAGCUGUGUAAAUGCAUGCUGUUCUCCAGAAGGAUAUUGCGGUACUACAGAAGAGUAUUGUGCAUCUCCAGAUUGUCAAUUUGAAUACGGACCUCUUUGCGAUACACUCCAAGUUCCAGCUGGCGGUUCUACAGCAAACAUCGAACGCCCACAUAUUGGAACUGUUCCAUAUGGUGGGGCUGGUAUUUAUGAUUGCCAAGUCGCUGGAGACAUCGCGUUUACCUUUGAUGAUGGACCUUAUCUUUACACUAAUGAUCUCCUGGACAAACUUGCAGCUUAUGGGGCCAAGGCUACCUUCAUGAUUACCGGCAACAAUCUUGGAAAGGGUGCAAUCGAUACCACUCCAGAGUACACUGCUAUUGUCAAACGUAUGGUCAAGGAAGGUCAUCAAAUCGCAUCCCACACCUGGGGCCACCAGAAUUUGACAUCCCUCGACCCAAAAACGUUCAAGAAUCAAAUGUACUACAAUGAGAUGGCUUUCAGGAACAUUCUUGGAUAUUUCCCAACAUAUAUGAGACCUCCUUAUUCCGAGUGUAAUGCCACUUGUGGUGAUCUCAUGGCAGACUUGGGAUACCAUGUAACUUAUUUUGAUUUGGAUACUGAGGGAUAUCUGAACGAUGCUGCAAAUCUCAUCCAGAACUCCAAAAACAUCUGGGACAAGGCCAUUGCCACGGCAGAUGCCACCACUGGAAAUUUCUUGGAAAUCGAACACGACAUUCAUUAUCAAACCGUCUACAAUCUUACAGACUACAUCCUCGCUUCCAUGUACUCUCAUGGAUUCAAGUCUGUUACCGUCGGGGAGUGUCUCGGAGACCCAUCCGAGAACUGGUACAGAAGUGGUAAUGCCAGCACUCCUGUUCCUACACCAAGUAAACAAAUCUCCGAUGACGGUUCCUGCAAUGCUGAUAUCACAUGUCUCGGUUCCACCUAUGGAGACUGCUGUUCUGUCAAUGGUUAUUGCGGUUCUACAGACGACUAUUGCGGUACCGGUUGUCAAUCGGCUAGCGGAACAUGCUCUGGAUCAUCCACAUCCUCAACUUCUGCAAAGCCAACCAGCACUCAAACGGUUUCAGAUGAUGGAAGCUGCUCAAGCUCUACCACUUGUAAUGGAUCUAGUUUUGGUAAUUGCUGCAGUCAAUAUGGAUACUGUGGAAGUACUACUGAUUAUUGUGGUACUGGAUGUCAAAAGGCCUUCGGCACCUGUACUUAG